AUGAACCUAUUCAUUUCGUUCGUUCAUCACUUCACAAAAAUGAUGAGCAUGGACCUAAAGAACUGUGCAUUUCUCAUUCUAUUUGCCUUUCUUAUUCUAUGUGCGGACUUUGGUGCUUGCUAUGCUAGAAAUAGCAUGCCUUGGAGGCAAAGCAGAAUUCAUCUGUCCAGUGUAAUGGAUAAAGGCCACAGUAGCCACCACAAUCACAAGAAGCACAAUACUCCACUAGCACCUGCACCUGCACCUAAGCCUAAGCCUAAGCCACCAGCACCCAUGCCUGUGCCUGCCCCCGCUCCCAAGCCAAAGCCUAAGCCACCAGCACCUGCGCCCAUGCCUGUUCCUGCACCGCUGGCCCCAGCACCAAGUCAUAAGAACUCUACCACGUUCAAUGUACAAGAUUAUGGCGCCAAAGGUGAUGGACAAACGGAUGAUAUGAAGGCAUUCCUCGCAGCAUGGGCAGCCGCUUGUAAAGUUGAAGCAUCAACAAUUCUCGUCCCAUCCGGAUCCAUAUUUCUCCUCAGCCCAAUUUCUUUUGCAGGGCCAAAUUGUAAACCUAAAAUUAUAUUCCAGUUGGAUGGCAAGAUAAUUGCUCCCACAAGCGCAAAAGCUUGGGGAUCAGGUUUCUUACAAUGGAUCGAAUUCACUAAGCUUACCGAGAUUACUAUAAAAGGGGAAGGCAUCAUUGACGGACAAGGCUCAGUUUGGUGGAAGGAUGCAGCAGUCUACGCUGGGACAGAUACAUCACAAAACAUCCCCUCCACAGGCCAAAAUAGAGCCAAUGAACUGAAUAAUAUGGUAAGCACCCAGAUUAGCGCGGAACUGAGUAAAAUGCCAAAGACCAAGCCAACGGCACUCAGGUUCUACGGCAGCACUGAUGUGACAGUUACAGGCAUUACUAUACAAAAUAGCCCCAAGAUGCACCUUAAGUUUGAUUCUUGUACUAAUGUUCAUGUUUUCGACAUUAGCGUCUCAUCUCCUGGUGACAGCCCAAACACAGAUGGUAUCCACCUGCAAAAUUCCCAGAAUGUGCUCAUUCACAGCUGCAACCUUGCUUGUGGGGAUGAUUGUGUUUCCAUACAAACUGGAUGCUCGAACAUAUAUAUCCAUGAUAUAAAUUGUGGGCCAGGACAUGGCAUCAGCAUCGGAGGGCUAGGGAACGGCAACACAAGAGCUUGCGUCUCAAAUGUGACUGUGCGUAACACCGUAAUGCGCAACACCAUGACUGGUGUGAGAAUAAAGACAUUGCAGGGAGGCUCAGGUUCAGCAAACAAUAUCAUGUUCUCAAACAUCCAAGUUUCCGAAGUUGAAACUCCAAUCGUGAUAGACCAAUACUAUUGCGAUAAAGAAAAAUGCAAGAAUCAAACGUCAGCUGUGGCGGUUUCAGGCAUUACUUACGCCAACAUACAAGGAACUUACACAGUACAACCGGUAUACUUUGCGUGCAGCGACAACUCGCCUUGCACAGAGAUAUCUCUUGCAACCAUACAGCUAAAGCCUCACCAAACAAGCCACCAUUUGUAUGGCCCUUUCUGCUGGAAGACAUAUGGAGAGUCGAAGACCUCCACAGUCCCCCCAAUUGACUGCCUGCAGAAAGGCAACCCAUCUAAUGCCCCUUCUAAGAUUGCUUCAUGCCAGGUUUAGUGCAGGCAACACACGACAAUGCCCAAAAGGUUCCUGCAAUUCUUUAGCUGGACUCAAUAGAUUUAGCGAAUAGCAUAGUCACUAUACAAUGAUAUUAUACAUGUAAAUUGGUAUUUUUUUACAUAAUUCUUUAUCAUAGAAGCUUUUCGUCAGUUAGCACUUUGUUCGACGUGGACCUACAUU